AUCACUGUCCCUGCAGUGCUCAAGAAAUGGCGCUCAUGAAGCUAAGUGAUAGGACAUCUCUGCAGAUGAUGACAGUUGGGAAGGAACAACAGUUGACUGAGAAAAACAGUGGCUUUCUCCAAAAUAUGGAUGCAGCUCAAGGUGCGAUGCAGAAUUUGCUGAGGGGAUUUACUAAAAUGGACCACAUCUUGGACAGAUCAGAUGAUAAGGACAACACUUUCUCCGAAAAGCCUCAAACUGCCUUCCUUCACGAGACAGAGACAACUAAAUGGAAUAUGGUGGAGCUGGAGGCUGAGCAUCACCGGGACCAACAGAAUGAAUGGGAGGGGCAAGAAACAAAUCAGGUUCAGCACGAGGAUCCUGACAUGUCCACAUCUUUGCAGUUUUCCAAGGAGAACAUCCCUGAACUGACUCGGGAAAACACGUUCUUUCAGCUGAACUACUGGAAUACACAGAUGGGUCUACAAGUGAAAGAACUUGGAGCCGAUCACAUAGGCUGGAUGGAGAAAAUCAACAAUAUUAUCCGAAAAAUAAACCUAACAGAAGACACAAUGAAGAGAUUAUUAAAUGAGGUGAUAUCUCUGGAGGGUCAAAUUGAAAAGCUAGAGUCACACCAGGACCUUGGCCCUGAUCAGGGAGCAAAUAUUGAGGUAAAUGCUUGUAAUGAAGCUCAUGAAUUAAAGGAAAAACUCAUUGCAAGAAUGAAGAACUUUUACAAAGACAUGACUCUGAUUAGUACAAAGCUGGGAAUGUACCAAAUGCAAGAAGGGAAAACAGACUCUCAGAGUCCUGAAGAAAUGGUCAUGGAAGAAAGUGAGCCCCUGCUUCCUCAGGCUCCACCACCCCCUUCAGUACAGAACAGUCCUGCCAGCGUUACAGUGUGGAAACGUGCACUGAGGAUUUUCAUCAUGUUUUAUGUCCUCAUCUUCACUGGACUUUCAUGUUACAUCCUAUUUUUUGAUGCUACGUUUAUCUUUGAAAGCUUGCUCCCCACAAUGCUUGGACGCCGCAGAAUGUGGGAACUUCGGGAGAUCAUUACACCUUUCUUAAACUUGGAAGUGGAAGACUUGUUACCUUCCUAG